AUGAAUAACGCCGAAUUAUAUGAAUGCAAUAACGACUUGCAGAAAAGAGACACUCUCGAGUGCUUAGAAGAAUACGCAAAAAAACUUAAAUGGAAUAGGACUGGUGAUAGAAUCAUAGACAUCGGUUGCGCAGAAGGCAGUGUAACAGUGAACUUGUUGAAAGAGUACAUCCCCAAAAACUUCAAGGUUCUUCUAGGCUGUGACGUCAGCGAGAAGAUGGUGACAUUCGCGAAUGUUCACCACAAGGACGAACGGACUUCUUUCUCCGUAUUGGACAUCGCACGAAAAGUACCAGAAGAAAUGUGUUACAAUUUCGAUCACGUUUUUUCUUUCUACGCAUUUCACUGGAUCAAAGAUCAAGAGACAGCUUUUUGCAAUAUCUUCGAUCUACUUGAGAAGGGGGGGCAAUGCCUACUGACGUUCCUAGGACACAACCCAAUGUUCGACGUGUAUCGUAUCCUGGCUAAGAGCAACAAAUGGAGUUGUUGGUUAGAAGACGUUGAGAAGUUCAUCUCCCCUUACCACGACUCGCAGGUAACUAAAGCUGCUAUUGUUUUAAUAAUGAAUAUCUUAAUUAAAAAAAGAAAAUGUUAUGGCUCAAUCAAUCACACUGGUCGAUGGAGCGAGUACUCGCUCAUCUCAUUGGCCAGCUAAAUAAUUACCGGCCAAUGAAAGCGAGGAACAUAAAUGCAGAUGUCAUCGACCAGUGUAACUGAGCAAUUAUGAAGAGAAGUAAUAGCAUUCAAAAUGCAGUGAGAGUGAGUGAGAAAAAAGAAGUGGUGAUAGGAGUCCUAUUAUGGCUGUAAUCUCAAUUUGCAUAAGGAACGCUAAUUAAUUUACCUUAAAAACUAAAAAGUGACCAAGUUAUUAUGUCUAGCUAAUUUGACU